AUGCGAGUGCUUCUCGCUAUUUCAGUUAUCUAUCAAAUAACUAUAGGUACUUUGCCUUCGUUUACCGUUUCAAAAGUUUUAGUUCUCUUUUUCAGCUCAAAAAGUUGGAAUCAAUGAACCAUGUGAUAAGGAGCUGGACGGGCUGCUCACAGUAGACCCAAGUGGCGAUGAGCACGCAUUUUUCCACUGUCAGGGAGUCGGAGUUGGGUGAGUUGGACGUGAAUAAGUAUACAGAAAAUGAUCCUUCGAUUUAUGCAGAACAAUCGCUUUCUGGGAACGGAAAGUUUGCCCGAACAAUAUGGUAUUUGACUUCAUCAACCAACAAUGCAAAGAACAUAAGAAAAAAGCACGGAAACAACAAACAUUGAGUAUUGGUAAUGAAUUGUGAGCCUCAAACUACACUACUCUAAUCUCAUUUCUUCUCAGCUAUUCUCAACAAUAGCUGUGCCAAUGGUGAGACUUGUAUUGGCGGAUCUGUGUGCGAUUUGGACACUCUUCGGUGCAUGUGUCCUUACGGAACCACACCGAAACUUGAUACCUUGUCCUGUGAAUCUUCACAACCACCAUUCGUCUCUGCUACUGUUGAUGGACCAUCACAAUUCUUCAAUUCCUUUGCUGGGUCUAACGGAAAUGUAUGAUUCUUUCUGGUAAAAUUAUCAACAAAAAAAAGUUUUCAGAGAAACAACAACAACAAUGGAUUUGUGCCGUUUGGUGGGCAAACUUCUGAAGUACCGGAUUUCCAGCCGAACAAUAAUUUAAAUUAUAACAACUUUGGAAGCAAUCAGAAUCAGAACAACAAUAACAUGAAUGCUAACAAGAAUGAGAACUUCAACUGGAAUCCAAACUUCAACUGGAACAACAAUAAUAACAACAACAAUGGAAAUAACAAUAAGCAGGCUCCAAUCAAUAACGGUAUACUCAAAAUGAAUCUCCUUACUCUCAAAGUAAAGUAUUUCAGGUGCUGGAACAACUGAGUUUGCCAACCCAUUCCAACCAAAUCCAAAUCAGAAGUUUGUGUUCAAUUUCAAUAAGAACCAGGGUGUUCCAAAUGGAAAUAAUCAGAAUAAUAACAACCAGAACAUUCCGGUUGCCGAAGUUAAGCCUAAAGUCGCCACUCUCGGUAAGUCUUCACUUCCCAUUUCUCUGCACGUUCCUCCAAUUUUUUUAUUCUCUUCUUUCUGUAUCCUUUGGUUUCUUCUAUUUUCUAGCUAUUCCUGGUGCCUCGUGCAAGUCAAACGAGAUUUGUGUUGGUGGUUCCAUCUGCACUCUUCCCAUCGGUAUCUGUCUGUGUCCGGGAGAUUUGGAAGCACACGAAGGAGAAUGCGUUCUUCCUGCCGCCUCAACUAUUUCUGUUCAAAAGGGUCUCUUUUUUUUCUGCACUUUUUCGGUUCACUUCUUAUUUUUUUGAAUGUUUUACUUUUCGGGAGAAAUUUCUCAGAGCUCUUGAAGCACGCCCGAGAACUCUUCAGUGAUUCGUGUUGUGAAACUUGCGUUUUUUCAGUGGGAAUCGGUGCUCUUUGUUCUGAUCUGGCCGAGUGUGAUCAUGGAAGUACCUGCGUGAUGGGAAGAUGCACUUGUGUCUCGCCGCUCAUUCAGUUUGAAGGAAAAUGUGUGCUCCGUCAACAACAGAAACUUGUCGGUGAGUCAGUGAAAAAACAUGAUACCUAAUGGAAUGCGAAUGACCUCUUCUAACCGAUCAUCCCAUACAGGUCCCGGCGAGCUUUGCGACAAUGGAGAGAUUUGUGGCAAAGGAAGCGUUUGUGACGUGAUGAUUCCGGUUUGCGUGUGCCCGGCUCACACUGAUUUGAGUAACGGCGAAUGCAUUACUGUGAGCGCCCCAGUUACACAACAACCCGGUUCGUGCAUUUUGAUUAUUAAGAGAAACUGCUUUCCAAGACCAUUUUAAACCAGUUUUUUCAUACGCUUUAUAGCUUGGCUUUCUCAUCAAACAUUCGUAGUUCUGAUUUCUGAUUUAACAAGUGUCCUUUUUUCUUAAUUUGUAUGCAAUAUACAGUGAUGACCCCGCCUCCAACUCUUCCGCCUGUCCUUGUCCCAGUGCAAGUUCCAGUUCCAGUUCCUGUUCAAGUUCCAGUUCAAAUCCCUGUUCAAACUUUGCCUCCACCGACAAGACCACCGCCACCGCCGCCAGUUCUCAUCACUCAGGUAGGAAAAUGAGGGCAAAACACGAAAAAUUUUACUUUUUAGCCGCAAAUUCAGCCCACUGUUUACUAUCAAACGACUCCACCACCACCGCCGCCGACCUAUGCCACGACUCCAGUCACUAUUCCAUUUGUUCCCAAACAAAUCUACACUUCUCCCCCGCAAUUGCCAAAGUCAUCUGUCAAGAUCAACCAAAUGAAAAUUGGUAAAAGCAGUAGAAUAAUAGUAGUGCAGAAAAACAUGAAUUUCAGGAGGAAGCAAACAAGCAGGAGUUGGUGUCCGCUGCUCGUUGAACACCGAUUGUAUGAUCGGUGCGUAUUGCAACGGAAACACGAACCCACCGUCCUGCCAGUGCCUUUCCACACACGUCAACAUUGAAGGAAGAUGCGAAAAAGGUUUGUCUCGGGACUUCUCAUCUUUUCAUUUUCUGUUUUCUUCUCCUUCUAGUAAUCUAUCCGGGACAAGUUGGUUGCCGUAGUGACUUGCAAUGCCAUUCUGCCUACAGUAGCACGCAUUGCAUCGAUAGGAUUUGUGUAUGCCCGGAGGGACAAAAGGCGGUUGAUCAGACUUGUGUCUCAGGUAACUUCUCAUUUCAUCUCUAUCCCUUAUAACUCGUUUUCAUUCCCUAAACAGGUACCUCCCUGCCUAACCAACCCUGCGGAUACUCCUCGAUUAAUCCGUGCUCCAACCAGAGUGUGUGCUUCCAAAACCUGUGCAUUUGUCCCGAUCGUUACUCGCAUAACUCAUCUUCCCAUUCUUGUGAUGUGACUUUCCCCGAGCAUACCGAAUGCUCGAAAGCAUGCUACUACCCUCGUGCUUGUGUUAACAACAUCUGCAUUUGUCCCGAUAACAUCGACUGCCUACAUCAAGUGCGGACAAAACGACGUUCCGAAGAUUGUUCUGAAAAUGUAAAGAUUUGUGAGAGUAGGAAUGCGAUCUGUGUGAAUGGGAUUUGCCAGUGCCCAGCAGGAUCUCAUGAAAACGAUGGGAACUGUGUGCCUUAUAAUGUGAACUCAAGAGAUACAUUCCCGUUCAAAGAGGUAAAUUGUACCAACUCGAUGGGUUGUCCCGUGCAUUAUGUUUGUGAAAACGGAACGUGCCGAUGUGAAACCGGAGAAUUCGAUAUUGUGAGUUUAUAAAAAAAAUGGUGAUCAAUUAAGAAUUGUUUAUUUCAGAAUGGCGACUGUAUUUCUCCGCUCUCCCACGGCGCGUUCAAAAACAUUAACAAUCAGUGCACGGCAAAGGAUCGUUGUGCCGGCGGAUCAAAGUGCAAAGACUCUCUGUGCCAAUGCGUCGACGGAGCCGUCGAGCUCACCGGCAAAUGCAAACAGUUCCCCGGCGGUCAUUGUUCAAACGGCGAGAUGUGUUCCGGCGGCAGUAGCUGUUUUCUCGGCAAAUGCCGAUGUGAUCCGUCGCGGACACUUGACAAUCAAAGAUGCGUGCAAACUACCGUUCCAAUCGGAUCAACAUGCCGUCGCGGACAGCAGUGUGUGAAUGGAGCUGCGUGUCGGUUUGGGAUGUGCAUGUGUGUCUCGAAGACCAUCGCGGUGCUAGGCCGAUGUGUUCACGAGACGGAAGCGGUGUCGACGAGCCUCAGUCAAAACAAGAUUGGAGAAGAGAAAAAGCCAGGAAUGCCGUGUUCGACGGAAGAUACUUGUUUGGGAGGAUCAACAUGUCAAGAUGGUGUCUGUUUUUGUGAAGCCGAUUUGAUUCUUGAUGGAGAUAGAUGCAUUGUGAAGAUGUUAGAGACAUCAACUGAUACGACAACGACCACAGAUGACUUGACUACAACUGGAAAUGGAUGCUUAUCUGAUAAUGAUUGCUCUGACAACAGUCUAUGCACUGAUGGAAAAUGUACAUGUACUGCCGGAUUCAAGAUCGUCGGAGAUAACUGUUUGCCGGAAAAGAUUUCUUUCUCAUCCCGACCCAGUAAAUCCACUCCCGGAAGUCAAUGUACAACGACGUCCGAAUGUUCGUUCCGCACCAAGUGCAUCGACGGAGUUUGUCGAUGCAAAAAAGGAGAAACAAUAAUUGAUUCCACUUGUCGGACGGCUAUUCACCACGUGCUCCCAGGUCUUACUUGUGACCCUUCAAACGGAUACGAUUGUGUCGGAGAGUCAAUAUGUGAAUACGGUGUCUGCAAGUGUAAACGAAGAUUGGUCAGCGACGGACAAAAAUGUGUGCCACUUCACUUGGCUAUGAUUGUUAUACCAGGAAAGUCUUGUGCUAACGAUGAACCAUGCGGAGGAGGAUCGUAUUGUGCAAAAGAUGGAAUUUGUCGGUGUCCGAACGACGAAGUUGUUGAUGUGAACAAGAAAUGCGUCAAAAAGAACUCGGUCGUCUCUGUGUUCAAUAAAAUCAAGCCGAUAGUCACGACAACUCCUCCGACUACGAUAACAACAACGUUUUCACCGACUACGACAACGACAGUUGACAAUGCGUACAUUCAGAGGAAGAUUGAUGAGUUGGAAAGACUGGAGAUGGAAUUCAAGAACACCAUUCCGACGGAAUCCAGUCUUCCAGCAGUUCACCGACCAUCUUCCACUAUCCUGGCGGGUCACUUAUGCACUAAGAACUCAGAAUGUCCCUCAUUCUCAUUCUGCUUUGCCAACUCAUGUCAUUGUAUGGCCGGAUUUCGAGCGACUUCUGGAAUAUGUGAAUCCGCUAUCGCAGUUGGAGAGCCCUGCAUGACUUCGAAUCAGUGCUUCGAGGACACCGAGUGCAUUUUCGGCGUUUGCACCUGCACCGGAGCGAAUUGUAAGGACACGAAAAUGGCCCACCCCGGAGAAGAUUGUACUUUCAUUAAAACCGUAUGCAGCUACAACAGUUAUUGCAGUUUGAUGAGUGGAGUGUGCGAGUGCCCAUCCGGAAUGGCUACCAAAGGAACAAAAUGUGAAAACACGUUUGAGUCGAUUGGGAAAGAUUGCGUCACAUCGAGAAAUUGUCAAAAGUCAAGUUACUGUGACAAUGGAUACUGUGUCUGCAAGAAUGGACACAAGAUCGAGAACACCAUGUGCUUCAACGGCCCUCCGGAGAUCAAAAGCUUCAGUAUUCUUCCAUUCGACAAAAAUGAGGGCGAAAAUUCUCCGGUUCAAAACUUUAUGAAGAAUGAGUUCAAGGGACUACAAGAAAUGAGCAACGAAGGAAUGUUUCACACGACUACCAAGUGGCCGGAAAUUCUAACCUUCACCAUGAUCCCUCCACCUCCAGAUAACAACCAACCUAACUCCAUGUUCCCUCAAAUAUUCUCAAGCUUCCCAAUUGCUUAUGGUGCAAAAACUGUUGCCGAGGAGGAGAAUAAUAGUACCAUGAAGUACAAAAUAGCAUUUCCCGGGGAAUACUGUGGAAACGGAGAAGUGUGCCUUGGCAAUUCGAUUUGUCAGGAUCACUUCUGCCGAUGCCUUCAAGAUGUUGCUGCUGAAAACGGACUUUGUCCCCCUCAAGUAGACGAUUUGAGAGUUUUAGGCUUGCAGCCUCUGGAGAAAGAGAAAGAGGUCCGUUUUAGUCAAAGAAAGAAGAUCGAAAUGAGACGAACUUCCUCCUUGCCUUUGGAUAAUUGCCAAAACGAAGAGACAUGUGAGAACAACUCGACAUGUCAAAGCAUUCUCGGUCUCGGAAAGAUCUGUCAGUGCGUUGAAGGAACCGUACUCUGGAGUGGUGAAUGUAUGGAAAUGCUGGAUUCAUAUUCACUCGUGGCAAUCGAUGGUGCUUGCGACGAAGACUCAAUGUGCUUAUCCGGCAGUGAUUGCAUAUCUGGCACGUGCUCUUGCAGUGACAACAAAAGACUCAUUCUGGGCAUCUGCGUCGUUACUGCUCUUCCGGAAACUUCUUGUGAAAAUGGCGAAGUCUGUAUUAACGGAUCUGUUUGUGGAGAGUCGGAAUGCGAAUGCGCUGAAGGAUCCGUCAAUGACGAUGGAAACUGUGUUGCUGUACUGAGAAAUGAAUCAGAAGAAAAAGAAGAAGUGGGUGAAGCACCAGAGCAAACCAGCGGGUCCAAUGAGACCGAUGAGGAAAACGAGUUGCGAUCAGUCGUUCGCCGCGAACUUGCAACAAUUGACUGUUCUUCUGAUACCGACUGUCAAUCCAACUUCAAAUGUCAAGAGUAUGUCUGUGUUUGUGACGGAGCCACCGAACACUGUCUUGCUUCCAUUGUGGACGUGCAAGUGCUUGUUACACCUGGAAGUGGCUGCAGCACUAAUCGAAAGUGUGGCAACGAAUCGAUUUGUUUCAAAGAUUACUGUGUCUGUAGUUAUGAAGACAUACCGGAAGAUGAUCACUGUGUUUCUCGUGAUUGGCAUGUUGGACUAGGUUCUCAGUGUAGUAACGUAACCAGAUGCCGUGAAGAUUUGCAUUGUCUUGGUGGAGUAUGCAUGUGCAAGUUUGGUGAUGUGAAUUGUGACCGUGAGUUUCGCUAUUACCCUUUUCCUGACUUUCCCGCAUGUUAUUCCUAUGUUGUCCAUCAGCUUUUGUUUAAAUUCAGUUAACAAAGUAAGUUAUUUUCAGCAAGUGAACCAGUGACGUCACCACCAGGAGGAUCCUGCUCGAACCUUCGUGAAUGCACCGGAGGAUCUGUAUGUAGAGAAGGUAAGAAUAAACAGAAAGUUAGAUGAAAUUGAAAUUAAAAAUCAUUUCAGGAUGGUGUAUCUGCCCCGACCCGUCAAUGAUUGUCAACCGUGGGAUCUGCAUUCAGUCGGGACCGAAACCAACAUUGCCACCUAGAGUAGCUCACCAACACGCAUGAAACUAUUGACGCUUCUUUUUUCAGACUACUAUUCCUCAAGUUCCAUUGCCACCACAGCUUCCAAUCUCUGUUCACGUGCCGCAAAUGACCAUCACUAAGGCGCAACCGUUCGUCACCGAAGCUCCACCACAAGGCAAGAAAAUUGUGCCAGGAGGAAGAUGUGGUUUGAAGUGCUUCUUCUCUAUCCUGUCUAUAACUUUCCUAUGUUCUAGGACCUAUUGAUGUUUGUGUGGGUGGGAGUAACUGCAUAGAAGGGUUCUGUCUCUGUCCGGCCGGUCAGCAGCCCAGCAACAACGGGCGUUGUGAGAAGUUCACGACGACACCGAGACAGACGACGUGGGCGUCGACGACGUCAACUCAAGGUACCACCGCACCGCCAAUGACCACCGGCGUGUUCACGAGUGCGUUCACAAUAGCCGACUUGCUCAGCACCCGUCGGCAGCCCGCUUUUAUCGAAAUUCCAACGCAUGUUCCUCUAACCACCACAGGUCAUAUACAAAGUGAGGAUGAGUGCACGGCUAUUGGCUUGAUAUGCAAGGGAAACACCGUGUGUCGUAACAAAUCCUGUCAGUGUCCAGAUGGAUACGUACUGCAUCACGACGGAUGUGUUUCCCCGGAAGAAGCCGCACGCAGAAAAGCUCGAGGAAAAGCACGACACGAAGGUUUGACAUUCGAAUCAGAGUUGAGCGGAAUUCCGCCUUCCGCUUUCCGCCGUUCUUUUUAUUCCGUCUUCCACCAAAUUUUUUUUCAUUCCGCUUCCUCUUUCCGCCUUCCGCCGUUUCAAAAAAUCUAUUCCGCUCAACUCUGAUUCGAAUGGUUUUCUUUUUCAUCCAGUGUUCGAUUUACAAUUUACAGUCUUUUAUUUACUUUUUCUCUAUAAUCGCUCGCGUUCUGCCGUGUUUGCAAGUGUUUUGCAGUGUUUUCCUUUAGGGUCCAACCGAAUCACUUCUGUUUUCGGUUACCAAACAAUACGAAAAAGACGACCACACUCACUCGCUGCUUACAGCACAAAGAACUCGGCUCGCACUUUGCAGUGCUUUUCAAAUGUUUGCUCGCACUGAACAUUUCUACUUGCAUACCACAAAACAUUUUUACUGUGAUCACAACAAAGGGGUUUUCAGCUGCGACCGCUAGAGUUUACUCGAAACCAGGAGAGAGCUGCACUCAAGGCCAGACAUGUGUCGGAGGAAGUGCUUGCUCAUUUAGAAAACUCUGCGAGUGCCCUCAAGACAAGUCCGAAAUCUUGAGUGGACAAUGCGUGACUCCGAAGAAGGUGGAAGUUGUUCCAGGAGCAUCCUGCAAUGCCAAUUCCGUUUGCACUAAAGGAAGCACGUAAGUAGCAACGACCCAGUCAUGUGCGCAUGAUAAUUUUUUCAGAUGCGACAACGGAUUGUGCCGUUGCCAGCCAGGCUACAUCGCAGUUUCUGGUAACUGUGUCGCCCUUCCAAUGCCAACAACUCCUAAGAUGAAGACAAUGGCAAAACCAUUUGAAAGCUGUGAGAAUGGAGAAACGUGUGAAGGAGGAUCGAGUUGUGACAUGGACACCGGAAUCUGCAUGUGCCCACCUGGACAGAUCGUAUUCAAUGUUCAGUGCAUGCCGCCACCGACUCAACCACAAAUCACCACGAGAGUCACUGUUCCGGUCAUCAAGACUGUGAUCACCACGCCAAAACCGACUUUUGCCAGUGAGAUUCUACAAGGAUUGUGCUAUAUUUCAUGCUUCCCUUUCAGCAGACUGUGAGAGAGAUGCCAACUGUGGAGAAAACAAGAUCUGUGUCUCGCGAAAGUGCAAAUGCCGACCAGGAUUUGUGGACAACUCGGGAACGUGUGAACCCCUUGAAGGUAAGCCCGUGAGAUCACUGAACCGAGCAACUUGUGUGAUUUGCUAUCUCUCUCCCGUGUUGAAUAAAACACCAACCACAAUUUUAUUUGAAGUGCAGAGUUGUUUUCCUCCCGUGUGCACUAACGAGACAUUUCAGACAUCGACGCCAUCGAGAGACCGAUCCCUGUUUCAUAUGCCAAGCAUAAAGUAGCCACCCUUUCCGAGAGAAUGCUACCCAAAGAAGAGAUUGAACUGUCUAACAUUGAACCCGUCACUACUGCCACUCCGGCACGACAAGAAACCCAAAAGCCACGAAUUGUGGGCCCGCCUAUCAGAAGACCACGUCCGAAGAACAAGGGCAGCGGAGGAUCCGGAGGACUCAUCGGUAAUAGCGGAGGAUCAAGGAGCUACAAAACGGGAAGCGGCAACGGAAACUGUCCUCCUGGCAACGAGGCAACUAGAGAUGACAGUGGAAAACUAAUCGUUUGUAACGGACUUGAACCAAACUGCCCGCCUAGGUCCUAUUGCUACAUUACCUCCGGUGGUUUUGCCACCGAAGAGUACAAUUGUUGCAAGUCUUGGUAG